GCUACGGUUCCAUUGAUGAAAUAGAACGUCACUGAGCGAAGUGAGAGAGACUGUGGCACGACUUGGAACCAUUGGCGUGUGUUCGACACAGACGGGACGUACGUUCGGCAGGCGAUAUGGAUUUACUCUGGAUUAGGCUCGGUGUAUGCUCAAUAGUUUUACAUCUGAGCGGUGGAUCCGACAUGGAUAUAUGGAACGACUGGUGGUCCUAUGAAGGCAUAUCCGGACCGGGAUUCUGGGGUUUACUUAACCCUGAUUGGUCUUUAUGCAGCAAAGGAAAGAACCAGUCCCCCAUUAAUAUUGAGCCUGCAUCUCUUUUAUUUGACCCUAGUUUAGACGCCAUCAUGAUUGACGGUACAAUGGUUUCUGGUAUGCUAGAAAACAAUGGUCACGACAUUACCUUCACCGUGUCGAACCGGUCGCGCAGUGUGAAUCUGACCGGAGGACCGCUGUCGUACCGCUACAGAGUGGCUCAGAUCAGACUACACUUCAGUACCGACGAUCACCAGGGCUCGGAACACACCAUCGACGGCAAGAGCUUCUCUCUCGAGUUCCAUAUCGUCGCGUACAAUGCAGAUCUUUACACCAAUCUGUCGUACGCUUCUAGAUCCCCGCGGGGUAUUGCAACACUAGCCGUCUUUGCACAGGUUUCAGACACGGGCCAUUCAGAAUUUGGAAAACUUACUUUUGCUAUGAACAGAACAAAAUAUAAAGGUGAUAAACAGAGAAUCAAUUUUCUUCGUCUGACAAAAUUUCUUCCCGCCACAUCGCAAUAUGUGACGUAUGACGGGUCGCUCACAUAUCCGGGCUGCUUUGAGACGGUCACGUGGAUAGUGCUGAACAAACCAAUCUACAUAAGUAAAGAACAGUUGGACGUCCUGCGCAAUCUGAACCAGGCCGGCCGGGAGAACCCGCAGAUGCAGUGGAUGAGCAACCUCCGCCCCCAGCAGGACGUGAACCAGCGCACCGUCCGCACCAACAUUAACUUUGUAUGUCCUGCAUGUCAGCUCAAACGUGUCGGUCACAUGAUUCAGGCCAGCUCGCCAAAUGCUGGAAGGUGUUCAAUGGGGAAAAACAUGUUUUAUCAAGUAAACAGCAAAUUUAAGUACACCUGAAGGACUGGGUUCAUACAAUAAGCUGCACUCCAGCUUGUUAACACCGUCCUCUACGAUCGAGUGGCAAGAAGGUACGGUAAAUCGCCACCGAGAUGCAAUCGCUCUGUUUCUGUGUCGCUUCAUCAACACACCACGGUCGGACAACUUUCGAGAACAACAGCAGCAUGGAAUAUACACGGUGCGAAACUACGGCUUAAAGCUUCGUCCUGGCUCUGUUCGUGUGACAGUUUAAAGUAGAGGAUUACCGAGACGUGAUUGGCUGUUCGGAGAAAACCUCGCGUUCAGUAACUGAAUGGCCACUGUCUCCCGAUACAACUCUAUUGCACACCGGCGGAACCGACAUGUCUUGCAGUCUUCGAGAAUGCCAUACCACGGUACCAAACGCAUUUAACCUCGACAGCAUCUCCAAAGCCAAUUUGCAGUGUUACGUAUUUUCUGAAAUGCCCAUUUGUGAAUUCCUACGUUUUCAUAUUUUGUAAAUAAAAUAAACAGGAUGAUUAUUCUGUAUGCAUGUACGGCUUGACUAAACGCCAAGCAUUCAUGUGCAUACCAAGUAUUAAACAAUACAGUGCAUCGUUACAUGAUUUUUUUUAUAGACUUUGUAUUGAAAACAGUUAUAAACUAUUAUCAAUACAUCAGAUUACAGACGAACUGUUGGAUGUUCUGACUCAUACAAAAUACAUAUGGUUGUCAAUAAUGGUGCAUUUGCAUAUGGGAAUUUGUUGCCAGUUACAAAUAAUGCUAUUGUAUUUACAAAAGUAAAUAUUUGAUCAGCAUUACAUGAAAACGGAAAUUGUGUUUGAAGCGACAAAUCGCUUUGUUUGCACACUAUGUCCUUAAAUAUUGGACCUUGCAAAUUACAAUCCUCCUAUGAGGGUAUUGGAACAGAUGGAUGAACCUGUUACGUCCCUGCGUGCAUUAGUCGUGAAAUAUUUACAAAUCCGUAUCCAUGUAACAAGAGAGAGAAAGAGGAGCACAUACACAAUACACAAUUGUUCUUUUCAUAGUGGAGAAUACGGAGACUUUUCCUUUGUGCAGGUACAUAAUUAUAGUGGUGGGUUUUCGCAAUGCAGUACUGCUUCCCACGCAGCGAGAGAGAGAGAGAGAGAGAGAGAGAGAGAGAGAGAGAGAGAGAGAGAGAGAGAGAGAGAGAGAGAGAGAGAGAGAGAGAGAGAGAGAGAGAGAGAGCACAUUGGUUUAUUAAUCAAUGGCUAUUGGAUAUCAAAAGGCAGAGACAGAGAGCGAACUUUAAUGGAUCAAUGUUGUGGUGUUAGACCACUACAUCAUAAUUAUAAUAUAUACUUCCAGAAAAAAAUCCUCUGGAGUAAAUAAAACCAACCGUAAAUUUUGUAAAUGGUGAAACGUGUCACUCGUGUGGACACACCAUAUAUAAUGCAUGCACGGACAUGUUUUUCCGUGUGUAUCUAAUUAGUAAGCCAAAAUCUGAAUUCAAAUCGACCAUCGAAGGUGGACUUUCAGUGACAUAAUAUAACGUUUGCUUUUAGACAUUAGAAGGUUUUCUUUUUCUUUUUCGAAUUACUUACGGUGCUGAUAAUCCAACAAUGACUAUGUGAAUUAAUCCAUUUAGUGUAUUUAGUAAAUAAUGAAAUAUAUAUGUAUAUAUAGUAUGCAUAUUAAUGAAAUAAAAUUAACACGUUAGCUUUAACAGUUGUCUUCAUACUAGUGAUGUUUUACAUAAUAUACUGUUGAUGAAUUUGUGUUUUGUGACUAAAUAUAUUUAUUGCUGUAUAUUUUGUUUUUAAACUAAUUUAUUCGCUGUUUGUUCAUCUAUGCAUUUAGUUAAGAAAACAUUGUUUAAUGCAUUGUGUCGCGUCUUUCAUACAUUACGUGCUCAAUAUAUUUUAUAUGCUGACAUUCCUAUAUUUUUGCAAUAAAGCAUAUUAAUUUUUUAA